AUGGAAAAUCAGUAUCAGAUAGACCCAGAAUGUCUAGUUCUUACUCGACCAGACCGCGACAUGCAUAAUAGGUGCUGUGGUGGAAAGGCUUGGUGCAUAAAAGACAUAUGUGGCAUCAUUUGCGCGGUUUUGACAUGGCUACUGAUAAUGUAUGCUGAGUUUGUGGUUAUGAUGGUGAUGCUCCUGCCUGGGCUAUCCACAUAUCCAUUUUACAGUUACAUAAAUAUCGUCGUGUUCCAGAGUCUGGCUUUCUUAGCAUUUGCUUCCCAUCUCAGGACCAUGUUUACUGAUCCUGGCGCAGUACCAAAAGGGAACGCGACGAAGGAGAUGAUAAAGCAGAUGAGUUUCCGCGAGGGACAAGUGAUUUUCAAAUGCACAAAAUGCUGCAGCAUAAAACCGGAGCGGGCCCACCACUGCUCUGUUUGCCAGCGAUGUAUAAGAAAGAUGGAUCACCAUUGCCCCUGGGUCAACAAUUGCGUGGGCGAGAACAAUCAGAAAUAUUUUGUGCUAUUCACGUUUUACAUUGCGGCGAUAUCCAUCCACUCUCUGACUUUGGCGGUGUACCAAUUCGUUACCUGCAUCAAGCACGAAUGGCGGGACUGUAGCGCUUACUCUCCACCAGCGACGGUCGUCCUACUGCUUUUCCUUAUUGCGGAAGCGCUGCUUUUCGCUAUUUUCACCGCUGUCAUGCUCGGGACCCAGUUACACGCAAUAUGGAAUGAUGAGACUGGCAUCGAACAAUUGAAAAAGGAACAAGCACGCUGGGUACGAAAAUCGCGAUGGAAAAGCAUACAAUCAGUAUUUGGACGUUUUUCUAUUUUAUGGUUUUCGCCAUUCACGCAACCGUCUCCUAAAACGAAGCUAGAGAGUUACCUGUACAGCGUGUAG